AAAGAAAGUGUCCAUUCAGUGACGCGGCUGUCUUAAGAAAGAUCUGCAUCUGUCAAUCAAAUUUCAGGACGAGAGCAGCAGGAACAUAUAAUCAUAACCAUGCUCCGAUGGUGUGCGUGUUAGUUUUGAGAGAUGCCCCUGAACAAUCGGACGCAAUCUACUUCUUGACAGUGUUCGUGUACUUGUCUUCUGGCAGUUUUAUGCAAAGUAGACGAGAGAGAUACGAUCACGCAGUUUUGAGCGCAUUUCCAGUUAUAGCCCUUCUCCCCUGAUUUCUUUAAUCACUGUCCCUGUCUACAGAAUCGGAUCCAUUCCCGAUCCCCACACACAUAUAAGUAUUUCCAGAUCCUAUGACAGUAGUAUUUUGGGACUCGUAUACGUAUUUUACUAAUGAUCCUUAUUUUUAUCUGCUCGUUCUUUUGCACUCUUCGCUCUGCUUGUCGACAGCUUCCUCUCAGCCAGAUACAGUUUCGACCUCUGCUAUUGGACGUAGGAGCAUUUGCAUGCACAUACGAGAUUUUCUGUGGAAUUAACACCUCGCUUUUUUUCCAUCAUUCUUUCGCCGCAUUCAUUUCUCAUGGCAUCCCUGGAAAUAAGUAUGUUUUAUAUCGUUGUGUAUGAUCAAGAUCAUAAUUAAGCAGAGGUGGUUAUUCAGCACUAGUGCUUGCAACCAAGAUGCCUCCAGCCAUCGUCUCACCGCCUGAGGGCUUCUGUUGCCCUCUUUCCGGCGAGCUUUUGACCGAUCCUGUCGUUGCCACUGAUGGAUAUUCAUAUUUAUGAUGGGUAACCAACUUUUUACUUCUACCUCCGCCUCUUUUCAUCUUCUUGUCUAGUAAAAUAAUGAAAGGUAAAAGAACGAGGACUUUUAUGAUCAUAAGCAGUGACAUCAAGGUAGAAAGAUGAAGAGUCCCUUUUAGCCUUAUUGCAUGUUCAGUUACGCCACUUUUUCCUUUCUUCAUUGUCCGAGCGCAACUGCAUCCAAGCGUAUUUCCAGCAGCAGGUUGGGCCGCCCUACCGUUCUCCUUCCACUGGGCAGGUGCUGGCUUCUAAUUUUUUGAUUUCCAAUGUCGCCCUGCGACGAGCCAUCGAUUCGUGGCUGCAGUCCCGCUGCAUUUCGAGGAGAGAAGGCGGUCCCUGGGAUGACUGGAACAGCAAGCAUGCGCAGGGAGGCGAUGCGGGCAGCGCUGCGGGCUCUUCCCGACCUGGGUCUACGAACGCCUCAUCUCGUCCGCCCUCCGGCGGAGCCAGCGGCGCUGGUGCCCGAGGACCGUCCGGCGGCGGCGGGUCCGGAAAGGUGCUGAGACUGCCUUUUCGCAACUUCUUCUCGCCGGGCGGCGCGAGUGGAAGUGAGUCUCUGCUGCCGGGACGCAGUGGCUCAGCGGAAGAGCCAGAAAACGGUCUUUUCCAGGACACCUACGUGGUUGGGAUACCUGGAGUACCGGAAGCGGCGCCUGUGGGAAGGCAAAUGAUACAUCAGGGUCAAGUUUUAACGAAUCAAAAGCCCUGGCGAUGGGCAUGGGAUCCGCAGAAAAGUCAUCCAAGCCUCACAUUCGAAUGCAACAAUUGGGUAUUCCUAUUCACCUUGCUAUAGUCUACUAUCCACAUCGAGUGUGGCCGUUCAUGGUCUCGUACAUAGUUUUCAUUUGGUGUGGUCUCAAGGCGUUCUUGGACGAAAAGUGCAAAUCCGUAACCCCGUGAUAAAUAUUUUAGUACCUUUUUCUGAUUCUGGGUGAGUACCUUUCUGUUACACGCGCCUCUGCCGCACGUGCCGUCGAACAACCACCCUAAUAAUCGAGACGUCGCGGGUUCGAAUCCCGCCGGGGCUGCAAUCGUGGAGCCUCUCGCAAACUUGCGCUUGCACUUGCGGCGACUACUUUGCGGAAAGGCAAAGAUCAGGCCUCCUGGCUUCUGUUAUUGAUCGGCGUACUGUUCAUUGAGCAUAGAAGGGCGCUCUACCCCCGUAAUGUGUAUUUCCGGACACUAUUCUGAGAGUAUCACGGAAUUGUAGACACAUGGCGUAGCGACUCUGUAGCUCAGUUGGUCCGCUACAGGAUGUCGGUUCGCCGACGCCUGCAUGAUGCAGAGCACCCCAUUCACUAGUGCCCAGCCCCGUGGGCAGGUGCGGAGGCACUCUAGGAAUGAGCAUUGCGCGGCUAGCGCAGGGUAACCUAGGAUUGAAUGAGAGUCGGGGAGGUCGCGGGUUCGAGUCCCGCCGGGGUCGCUAUUUUGGUGCUUCGCCUCGACGUUUCUCUGCGAGUGCCCUUUUCGUGUUGCGCUUCUUGCCUUAGAUUUUUCCCGCGUGGAAGUAAAACAAAUUCUCUAGGUUGAAUUGACUACCUUGCCCUCAUUUUACUCUUGCCCUUGAUGCACUCCGAGAAAGGCUUUCCUUGAAAGUCAGAAACUCUCAAAUGCAGAUUGCGCGGCGUCCUGCACGUCUCUCUAGCGGAUCUUCGCCUAAGCCUCUCUCGGAACUCGUAGCCAUUGCCUCCCGACCUAUCCGAGUACGCUAUGGGGAAGUGAUGGAAUUCCACCUAAAGCUAUUGGAGUCCUCCACUGCCUGGGGUGGUCUCCACAUUGGCGUAGUACCUGAAUCGCCGCCAAAUUUUUAUGAUGGAGGAAACUACUAACAAGUCCAGUUUUGACUUUCUAGUUCUAUUUUUAGCAUCACUACCGACCCUGCGCGGUUCUUUUUUGUAAAGAAAUUCAAGUUUCGAAAAAAUGUUAGUGCUUGAUUCAAAGUUUGAGUUGCACAAAUCGUAGUGUAGAAAAACAAAAGGCUGUAGAAACAAGGCCGUUCGAAAUACCUGAAAUACCAAAAUUGCCCGAUUCAUUUUUGCCUGUUAACCGCGGAGAAUCUGUACGGGGCAAUUGACGACAGAGGUUAUUACGUCGAUGGUGAGCGGUGGUACCGAACGCCGGGCAGUGUGGGGAAUACGCUUACGCCCUUCAAUUCUGCCGCUCUGAAGGCCAAUGAUGUCGUGAGCUUGGUUGUGGGUGAAUCCGGAGUCUUGUUCGUCUUCGUAAAUGGGGCGUUAGUAGUGCGACUGGGUGAAAGCCGCAUUGAAAUGAGUUCGGGCAUCAGCGGCAUGGUCUACAACGCGGCAGGCGCGCAGAGCCCGUAUGCUAAUGGCUCGGUUGGCGGACCCUCCUCGUCUUCCUCUUCUCAACACGGAGGCGGCACACUUCCUGGAACCGGUGGCACUAAUUUGUACCCGUUUGUGGUGUUAGCCGGUAGUUGUGAAGUAUGCGAAAUCGGAGUGGAGAGGCCGAGCAAUCUAGUCCUGCCAGAAGAGUGUGCGCCUCCGUCAGGCAGUGCCGCUCCUCCGGCGUUUGUGUCAGCGGCGGACAUCUCGCUCACCAUGUACGAUGGCGGCGGUCAUCAACCUGCCGACCUGAUGUUAAGACUCUAGAAGUAAGUACUUUCCAGUUGAUUUACUACGAAUUAUUCACAUUUCAUCCACGACUUUCUUUGCACGUUUUUACAACGACAGGAUUCCUUUCUUCUCAGCUGUAAUGUAACUUAACCUAAACUAAUCUUAGAAGUAGAUAUCUGAAUGAUCUCUCUCUAAUAUGGGGUUGUAAUCAUGCCAGCGCUAUUGCCGUACCUGGUGCAGCACCUCACCAACGGGGAGGGAGUUCGAGCAAUGGUUUGAAUCCUCGUAACGACUUGGCAGUGCGAGAACGAACGCCCGUUACUUCGCGAACCAUCGUGGAGGGCGUCACUUUCGAUCCAAUGACUGGAGGUCCAAGGAAAUGAUUGCUGUAUAUACACUUAUAAAUAUCGAUAAGAUCGUACUAAGGUUCUUUUUUCCACCCUAUUUGCUGGUUGUGUUUCUCACUCUCCUGCUGUUGUAGAAUCUUCUUCGCCUACCGAUACAAGGUGAGAAACAGAAGUGAAUGUAUAGGAAGAAUUUUGUUGGAAGCUUUAUGCAAUGGAGGCAGUGCGACGAGAGACUGCGUUUGAUCGACAGGGUCUGCGUCUCUCGACUUGUCAAAUGGUAACCAAAGAUCCUCAACAAAUCCGCGGACCUUUUCCGAUAUCCUGAGCGGUUUAAUUGAUGCGAUGUAAUUGAUUCGCUUCAGAAAGAUUAUUUGUUGUCGUACUGCUGCUGGAAAGUAAUAGCAGGCUGAUGGCAUUAACACGAUAUUUUGAUGUUCACCUAAAAGUUGAAUGUGAGAUCGAAAAAACGAUCAGGAUCAAAUAGAUCUGAAAGGAAGUUUAC